AUGGUUAUGAAGGAUGAUGUACGGGAGCUAUUUCAUACGUGGCCAGAUCAAAAAGACGACGACCCAGCAGUUGAUCGCCUUAUCCAAGACAUACAUGAGGAUAAGUUUGUUAAAGGUUUUUGGGAUGUUGAUUCUGACUCUCCUCCCGCAAAGAAGCAGAAAGUUGAUUCUGACUCUCCUCCCGCAAAGAAGCAGAAAGUCAAGAAGGUGGUAGUUUCCAACAGUCAGGGUGGUGGAUCUGGUGAAGGAGCUGAACAGAAGGUGGUAGUUUCCAACAGUCAGGGUGGUGGACCGGUUGGAACUCUCAUUGAGUUGGUGUCUAAUUUAACCUCAAGGGAUCUUUCGCCAAACAUCACAGCAGUAACUGUUGAUGACGACAUUUUCCGUUGGGAGGCUACUCUAAUCGGACCGGUGAACACUCCUUAUGAAGGGGGAGUGUUUAAACUUAGGCUUAGUUUUCCAUCUGAUUACCCAAGAAGUCCCCCCAAGGUUGUUUUCAUCACAAGAAUAGGCUACCCAAAUGUAUCAGAUAGGGGAGGCAUUCACCUAAAAGUUUUGAGGACCGCCUGUUGGAUUCCCAUGCCCAUUGUUAAGCUUUUCAAGGAAUUAGUGGAGAAGUUGAUUGAACCAAAGGUCAAUGAUGAGGAACAGACCAUUAAAUAUCUUGCCAACCUCUACAAAUCUGAUAGGAGAAGGUUUGAAGCCAUGGCUACAGAGAUGACUAAUCAAUAUGCUGGGAGAGGAAACUGA